AAAAAGAAAGAAAGAGGAAGAAAAUGAGUAAAGAAAAUAAGCCAGAAGAGGCAGAGGCAGUCUCCCAAGACUUAUCAGUGGAUGAUCAGCCUCCCUUUGAUAACCGCUUUGCCAUGCUCCACCUCAACGGCUUCAACUGCCACCACCACCACCAACACCAACCUUGCACCACUUGCGGCUGCCUCUGCUCGGCCUCCAACCCUAUGAAACGACGUUCCCCCUCGUCGUCUUCUUCUUUCCAAGACCCACUCAACGCCUUCUCCUCAGACUCUGAGCCUAAGCCCAAGAAGCUCUUCCAAGACCCGGUUCUCCGCCGCACCGUUUCUGACCCGGAUCCUUUCUCAUCUGGGUCGGGUUUUCAAGCACCCAACCCGAACAAUUCCCUGUCUCCAGAGCAGCAUCCGAGUUCGACGGGUACUGUCAACGUCGUUCCGGUUACUCCGUCUUCGAAUCCCGGGUUGCCGCCUCUUCCGCCGACUCUGCGCCGGACGAUUUCUGACCCGACUCCGUCUCCGGCGAAGACCUAUUCAAGGUCCUCGAGUUCUGGGGAUGUGAGUGUGGAUUUGACUAAGGAAGACACUCCCAACUCUAACUCCAAUUCCAAGAAGAGGCUGAGAAGGAUGAAGGACUGUAUGAGAGAGAUGAGCAAGUGGUGUGAAGAAGUCAUGCGUGAACAAGAAGAUGCAGAAGAAGAAGAAGAAGAAGAGCAAGAACAAGAACAAGAUGAAGAACAAGAAGAUACUAAUGUUCAUGCCGUAACAAAGAAUAAUUCUGCGCAAGACUUAGAAGAAUCUGUGUUCGUGGAAAGGGUUGGGGAGGAGGGCCUAACUGUCCAUUUCAAGUGUCCAUGUGGCAAAGGCUAUCAGAUUCUUCUUUCUGGAAGGAACUGUUACUACAAGCUCAUGUAGAAAAGCCAAUACCCUGUACUGAUAGAGUUACUAAUCAUACUUGCUUUUCAUUUUUUUUUUUUUUUUUUUUUGCCUAUUGAAUUCUUUAGAGUUUAGAUGAUACCCACAUCAGUCACACUGCACAAGAUCCUUAUGCUUUUUAAUUUUCUGUGUGAGAUUUUUUGGGAGUAAUUACCUCUUCAUAUAUGUACCUAUUAUUCUUGGGUUUCAAUUCCUUUCCUAUGAUUUUUUUAGAUGGAACCCACACCAGUUAGAGUACUUGUAAUUUUACCUUUUUAGAAGAUGUGCCAAUUUUAGAUGUAAAU